GACGCUGGAAUAUGUACAAAAUUACACUUUUUUCUUUUUUAAGUCUUACAGAUAUUUAUAUACACCGUCUUUCUUUCUUUCUUUCUUUCUUGUUCUUCUUUUUCUUAGAAUUGAAUAAAGAUAAGGAUUGAAGAAUGAAAUUUUCUCAUCAAAUACAAUUUAAUGCUGUCCCAGAUUGGGCCGACUAUUAUCUUCCUUAUUCAAACCUCAAAAAGUUAAUCUAUUUACUUGAAAAAGAAAGAAUCGCUAAUAAAAAUGCUUCAGUGGAUGACAUUGAAGGUCAUCCAUCAGAACAUACUGCCCUCAUCACAGAGAGCCCCAUUGAAGUAGACAAUCAGAAAUUUCUUGAUGCACUUAACAAGGCACUUGAGAGGAUCAUCAAAUUUUAUGCAAAAAAGGAAACUGAACUAUAUGAUGAAAUGAGUCAACUCAUUGGUGACUUUGAAAACCUUGAUAAUUUCGAUGCUUACAUUGCUUCUCAAUUACGUCGAUCAAGCAUAAAUCAUGACAAUCCCUUGAUUGAAGGAGAACAUGAGGCAGAAGUAGUAGGGCAAAGAGUAAGAAGUAAUACAAACCAAUUGCCAAGACGAGAAUCGAAUGUAGAUGGUGAUUCUUUCUUGCCUCCUAAUAUUAUUUCUCAGAAUGUGAUAGAUACAGACCCAAUGAUGACAGACGAGACACCCUUAUUGUCUACAUCUGAAAGACCCGGUCUAGUGUGGCCUAGAGAGGCUAUGUAUGAUGUAGUUGAAUUAAGGAAGCGCACUGUCGAUCUGUUUGUGUUAUUAUCCGAAUUGAAAUCUUUUGUGGCACUUAAUCUGACCGCAUUUGCAAAAAUUUUAAAAAAAUAUGAUAAAAUUACAAAUGGUAAUUUGAAACGCUAUUAUAUGGCCACUUAUGUCACAAAGGCCUAUCCAUUCAAGACAGAGACAAAGACAAGGUUAAAUGAAAAGAUACAGCAGACAGAAAGAGCUUAUGCUAUUUUGGCUACAGGUAAUAAUUUGGAUUUAGCUGUAGAGGAAUUAAAGACACAUUUGCGGGAGCAUAUUGUCUGGGAAAGAAAUACGGUUUGGAGAGAUCUGAUAAGUCAAGAAAGAAAGACACAGACGGUUGGAUUAAGUGACACAAAGCCCUCUUUUAUACAUACUCCUUUCGGUACUCUUCAUGUCACUCGUGGACAAAUUAUGAAUUAUCUGUAUAUGAUUGUUAGUAUCAUUGUGUUUGCUGUAUUGCUACGAGCACAUAUAUUUGAAAAUAUUGAACAAAACCGUUGUUUGGCAAUUCUUGUUUUUUCUAGUAUGUUAUGGGCUGGAGAAGUGAUGCCUUUAUUUGUAACUGCUCUUCUUGUACCAUUUUUGAUUAUUAUAUUACGUGUAAUGCGUUCUGAUGAUGGACAUUAUAGUCGACUUGAUGCUCCUGAUGCCACUAAACGUGUAUUUUCAGCUAUGUUUUCUCCAGUUAUUAUGUUAUUAUUAGGUGGGUUUUCUAUUGCAGGUGCUUUGAGUAAAUUUGGCAUUGCAAAAUCAAUGGCUACUUUUGUUUUAUCAAAGGCAGGAACUCGUCCUAAUUAUGUUUUAUUUGUAAAUAUGAUGGUGGCUACUAUUGCAAGUAUGUGGAUCAGUAAUGUAGCUGCCCCCGUACUCUGUUUUUCCUUAAUUCAGCCAAUUCUUCGUACUUUACCAGUAGAUUCAAAAUUUGGCCCUUGUCUUAUUAUGGGUAUUGCACUUGCAUCUAACCUUGGAGGUAUGGCAUCCCCUAUUUCAUCACCACAAAAUAUUAUUGCUAUUCAAAAUAUGACACCUGCACCCUCUUGGAUAGAAUGGUUUGUUAUUUCUAUUCCUUUAUGUAUCAUUGGUAAUUUGAUUAUAUGGCUUUGGUUAUUAUAUAACUAUAAUCCAGAAAAGCAGACACCACAAAUACAUACGAUUCGUGCCAAUACAGAUCCUAUUACAGGCACACAAAUCUAUGUUAUCAUGGUGACCCUGAUUACGAUCAUUUUAUGGUGUUUAGCCCACUCUUAUGAACAUAUCUUUGGUGAUAUGGGUGUUAUUGCCAUCAUUCCUCUUAUUGCCUUCUUUGGUACAGGCUUAUUGACUAAAGAUGAUUUUAAUAACUUUUUAUGGAAUGUCAUUAUGCUUGCUAUGGGUGGAAUUGCUCUUGGUAAAGCAGUUGAAAGUUCAGGUUUAUUAAAGACAAUUGCUUCUCAGAUUGAAAAUAUGGUUCAAGGGCUUUCUGCUUUUGAAGUUCUGUUUGUAUUUAGUUGUUUAGUUCUUUUUAUUGCCACUUUUAUUAGUCAUACUGUAGCAGCUUUAAUCGUGUUACCUAUCGUUGCUGAAGUAGGCUCUCAAUUAGCAGAUCCUCAACCGAGAAUGCUAGUUAUGGGUACUGCUUUCGUUUGUUCCGCAGCUAUGGGACUCCCUGUAUCUGGUUUCCCCAAUAUGAAUGCCAUAUCACAAGAAGAUGAACUAGGAAAACCUUACUUGACUACAAAAGAUUUCUUAGUCAAUGGUGUACCUUCUAGCAUAUUUGCAAUGCUAUGUAUAACUACAAUUGGAUAUGGUUUAAUGGCCUUGAUUGGUUUUUAAAUUUCCAAAUCAUAUUACAACUAUUUAGAAUUUUUUUUUUCUUUUUUUCAUUUAUUCAUUCAUUUGUUGUUAUUUAUUAUAUAUAUUUAUAUAUAAAAAAAAAAGAGUGGCUUGAUAGGCAAUUGUGAUUGAAACACGUUUUUGAUAAAAUGAUGGAUACUAUUUAAUCAUC